UUCCUGCCCUCCUCCCCUGGGGUCACACCCCUUCCCUCGGAGGAAGGAGGUCACCGGCCACAGGCGGGGGCCUCAGUUUCCCACGCUACGGGGCUCACACGUGUCUGGCCCGCGACGCGCUCUCCCUUGGCCGGGGUCUCAGUUUCCCGCCCAGGUGUCCUCGGUCCCUCCCCCGAGGCCGCCGGGCCCUCCUCCAGAGCCCCGCGGCCCGCCCCGGGGGCUCCAGGCCAGCCCCGCCGUCACCUGGUGCGAGCCCGCGAGAGGCCUGGUGCAACUGGCAGCCCUGCCCCGGCACCGCCUGCUCUUCUCGCGGGUCCAGACCGCGAGCGCGGGGGCCGAUGGGUUGCCGCUGCGCCGGGCCGGGUGGCGCGGGAUGGCGGCCACCGCGCUGCUGGAGGCCGGCCUGGCGCGGGUGCUCUUCUACCCGACGCUGCUCUACACCCUGUUCCGCGGGAAGGUGCCGGGUCGGGCGCACCGGGACUGGUACCACCGCAUCGACCCCACAGUGCUGCUGGGCGCGCUGCCGUUGCGGAGCUUGACGCGCCAGCUGGUACAGGACGAGAACGUGCGCGGGGUGAUCACCAUGAACGAGGAGUAUGAGACGAGGUUCCUGUGCCACUCUUCACAGGAGUGGAAGAGACUAGGAGUCGAGCAGCUGCGGCUCAGCACAGUAGACAUGACUGGGAUCCCUACCUUGGACAACCUCCAGAAGGGAGUCCAAUUUGCUCUCAAGUACCAGUCGCUGGGCCAGUGUGUCUACGUGCAUUGUAAGGCUGGGCGCUCCAGGAGUGCCACUAUGGUGGCAGCAUACCUGAUUCAGGUGCACAGAUGGAGUCCAGAGGAGGCUAUAAGAGCCAUCGCCAAGAUCCGGUCUUACAUCCACAUCAGGCCUGGCCAGCUGGAUGUUCUUAAAGAGUUCCACAAGCAGGUUACUGGAGGGGCAGCAAAGGAUGGGACUUUUGACACUUCAAAGACAUGAUGUAUGUGGAUUAGAAAGAACUCAAGACACUCCUGCUUGAUACAGAAUAAAAAAUGCUUAACAGGACCAACAGGGCUUAAGCCCAGACUUGACAUAACUGAAAUGUGCCAAUGGGUAAUAGGUAAUUUUGCUUUCUCUGUCUUGUUUCGUUUUCUUCAAAUAACACUGUUGUGUGGCUAGGAAGGAAAAGAUUUAGUGUGGCUUGUAUUCAUGGGAUACAGGACAGGGAUGGGGCCAUCUUCUUUUCUUGAAUAGAGCUAAAGAAGUAUUUUAACAAAAAUCUAUUAUGUACCUAAUAUUGUGCCUAAUAUAGUAUUUAGCACCACAACUCAAAAGACUUAGCACUAGAAAAAAGGAAACUCAGCUCUGGCUCUUUGCCACUGUCAGAAUCUGAGUCACACUGGCCCUGUGGAGGAGGGAUCCUGUCUGGCGAAGUGGGAGCAUGGGCUGCAGUCAGGACUGCUGCAGACGGAGCCAUGUGGUGGUACGUAAGGAGUCCCCCUGAGGGAAUGAAACACCCUCACCUCUUCAAAGUCACCCCUUCGGAAUUCAACACAGACACACACAUCCCUUCAAAAACUUUUAUUUGUAUCAACACUUCCUAGCUCUUGACUUAGCUUAGAGCUUUUAAAAGAGCAGACACCUUAUAUAUUUGAGCUUGAAAAAGUUUCUGCUAUUAAUCAGAAAUAAUCAUUUCUAUUUUCUGGCUUAUCCCUUGGAAUAAGCCAAAAAUAAAACCAAAGUUACAUUUCUUGACAGAUGGAUGAGAAAAGAAUAGAAGGAACGUCCUGAAUUCUAGAGUUGACUCUUGCUGGUGAAGUGUACCUUCAGCUUAGUCCAUUCUCCUAAGUUAAGCCUGAAGGAAAACUCUUAACACCUAAUUCUUUGUGGAAAAAUGAUCAACUAGCCCUUUCAUAGGCUAUAGAACAAAAGUACAAUUGGGUAUCUUUCCUUAUGUCCUGGGAUCAGGGGUGCUUAUAUUUAACAUUGAUCAGGUAAAGAGGAGAGGCUGUGCCUAAGGUCUGAGAAACAGCUUGCUUUAAGCAAGCUGUGGUGAGGCACACAAUGACUAGGGGGUGGCAGAGAACAGGCUGGCCUACUGUCAGUUCAAGCAACCAGCUGAGCAGCAGCAGUCUAAAAAGCCCCAAACAGAACACCUCCAUGGGUUCAGGGAAGGGCUGAGGCACUGCCUUUCUAGUAUGUGCCAAAAAAUACAUUACUCUGAAUUGGGGCCCGGGGGACUUUUGAGUUUGGAUGGGGAGGGAAAAGGAGUGAGCAGCUCUCCUCCCCUCCCCACAGCCUUAGGCCAACACAAACUGCAAAUUGGUAAGCAGCACCUUAAUACCUCUUGUGACAGUUACGGCUGAAGUGGCAGGGUCAAGCUUGUAGGUGUUGGCAUCCCCCUUUUUAUAUCGGUCCCGGAAGACAUAGAUGCUCCCGUUACAGCUGGCAAUCUUCCAGAGGGAUGGGGCAGAGCUCCAGGCCUCAGGAAGGCAAAGCCGGGUGAAGCUGUCUAGCAAGGGAUUGUAACACACCAGGGAGUCCCCUUCAGCCACGAUGAACACCAGAUCUUUAUGCACAGCUGCGUGCAUGUGGCCUGCAAAGGGCAGCACAUAGGGCUUCACAUGGCAUUUGUCUGUCUCUGUGUCAAAGCACUGGAUGAGUCGGGAAGGUUUGGUAAAGAAGUCCAGAUCAUUCUCCUCCCCCCCCAGUAAGUAGAUGAUCCCGUUGAGGUUGGCACCAGCAGCCCCUGACACAGCCACCUCUAGCUGGGUUGUCUCUGUCCACACAUUAUCACCUACACGAUAAUAAAUGACUGCAUUGGAGAGGGUA